UCAAAAUCAUCCAAAGAUAUUGGCAAAAAUACAUUCAAUUCUGCGUAUUUCUUUUAACACUCAAAUUUGUUGAUUUUUUUUUGAGGAAUUCUUGACGCAAAGUUUUCAAAGAUGAGUAUUACUCAAUACCCAGAUUCGUUUAUUGUGCCGGAGCUGCAGGUUUGGAACAAUGCGGCUUUUGACAAUAGAGACUCUGAAGAUACAAGCGCCAUCAAGGCUUCUUGGCGUAAUCUUGAAUCUGGGUCGGUGAAUCAGUCACUAGAAUCUGAUGGCAGUAAAGAAAAUCAGUCUCCCCUUUGGCUGAAAUCCCCUGUUUCUUUCAAAUCUACUGCGUCAAUUGUCAAGCCACUUUAUUCCAAGAAUGUCACGGGAAACUCCAAAGAUCAAAUGGUGAAAGGAAGCUUUAUUGAGCCAUUGUCAAUGAAACUGAGGAAUUUAGUUGGGAAAGAAGAAGAGAAAAAACGUGAUGAGAAAAAGAUUGAUGUGGAGAUUGAAGGGAUUGAGAAGGAGAUAACUCGUCUAUCAUCGAAACUUGAAUCUCUUCGACUCGAAAAAGCUGAAUACAAUGCGAGGAGCAUUGCGAUGACAGGAAGAAUAGUGCCUGCUAAAUUCAUGGAGAAAAAACAGAGAAUCAACAACUGUGAGACGGGAAAAAACAUAGAAGAUCCUCUGUUUUCAAGUGCUAAAGCAAAAUUGAAUCGAAGGGGGGUUAGUUUAGGUCCAGCGGAGAUUUUCUCUGCAAUGAAAUCGAGACAAUUAACCAAGCAGGAAAUCACCACUCCAAUUCAGUCAAUGCAGAGUCGCCGCAAAUCCUGUUUCUUUAAGCUUCAAGAUAUUGGUGAAGUGAAGGUUACAAGAGAGAGAGGCAAGAGCUUGAGUCUUAGCCCUAAAUCACGUAAAACUGUUUCAAAGGUUCAAGCUCCUAAGGCAGCAGCAACCACGGUAGGGUCUAAAAGGGCAGUGAAGAAAGAGGACGGGGUUCUUGCUACAAUUCAGCCAAAAAGGCUCUUCAAUGAUGGUGAAAAAUCAGUAACAGCAAAGAAACCAUUGAAACCUGGGAGGGUCGUAGCAAGCCGGUACAAUCAGAUUGCCAAUCAAAGCAAUGGGAAUUUCACCAUGAACGAUGCUCGAAUGCGGUCAUUACCAGAAAAUGAUAAGCCGGAGAGCAACAGGCAUUAUAAUAGGCGUGUUUCGAAUGAACGGAAAGUGGAUUCCUGCAAGAAUCAGACGACUGAGAGCAGAGUGAAGAAGAAGUGGGAAAUUCCUAGUGAAGUGAUAGUUUUCAAGGGUGCAAUGGAGGAAGAAUGUCCAGAGUCAGUUGAUAAGAUCAACGAUGCGCUACCGAAGAUUAGGACUGUCAGAUUUUUGGCUGAAAGCCCACGUGAUUCGGGUCCAGCAAAAAGAGUGGCUGAAUUGAUGGGAAGGAAAUCGUAUUUUAGUAUGGAGGAGGAAGCAAAGGGCUCUGUUUGUCAGGCUCUGUGUUUUGCAGAAGGGGAUGGAGAUCAGCAAGAUUGAUUCAUUUCUUAAUUUUCUUCUUUACUUUUUUCUGCUACAAAUUUUGGGUUUUGGGUUGUGAACCAUAAGUCUUGUUAUGGGUUAAGAAUGGUUUUACGUGUAGGUGUCUGAAACUGAUUUAGCGUUUGCUUUUUCUACCAUGCAAUAACAAGAUAAGCUUUUCAACAAGUAUACUACGGGUGAAGAUACUCUGUGAAGCGUCACUUCCUUUACAAUUUCCAUGGUAAAAAAUGGUCUAAUGUUUGAAAAGCGACUGAAAAGUUCUGCAAAGAACAUUGGAUGGAAAGGAUAGAAGAAUGAUUUUGUUUUACGGCUAUACUUCUGUCUGAUAAUAUGUACAAGAAUCAUUGUUAUGAAAUUAAGGAAAAUGCACAAGAAUCGUUGUUAUGCUCAGGAGCCAUUGCCACCAUGAGAUGGCAUUAUCAGUGCGGAGAUAAAUAGUUCUCUUCUAAUUUUUAUCACUCUGUCGAGCCACUGAUUUCGUCCCUAGUAUCAUGUGCUUGAACCUUGGACAUUUCGGUUCUCUUCUAAUAUGUAGAGGUACGAAUCUGCUAAGUUUGUUCCCAAAAUUUACAAAACUUAUUUGUUCAACAAAUCAAUAAAAACAAAAGGUGAAAAAGAAGUUUGCGUCCCAUACAGUACAGCAAGGCUCAUAGCAGCCUAUCCUCGUACAGGUCAAAAUAAUCCAGGAUUGACAUAUCGGUUUCAUAACUUUUGAAGAUGUUCGACAUCUUAUUUCCUUGCUCCAGUUUAUGACUCGCUAAAUCUCAUGGAAAACCUAAUUCUGGUGUUUUAUUACAGAAUUAAAAUUUUGUUAUUUCUCAAAAU